GAGGUCAACAAGCGUUGGUUACAAGUGUCACAUAAUGAUAUUCAAAUAUUUGAGAGAGCCAUCUAUGGGAGAUUUGUUUCCCGGUCGAGAUGCGUUCAAGUAUUUGGAAAGGGGCAUGAAAUGCGUAGGUUGGAUGCCACCUGAAAGGAGCAAUCGUUUUUACUGCAUCUACAUUAUCUGGGCGCUAUAUGUACAUACGACUGCAGAGAUCUACCUGCCAAUUGUGUUUAUAUCGGGCUAUUUUAUCGAUUUAAAUCGAUAUACACCAGAGGAAUUUCUAUCCUCAGUGCAGGCCUUUUUUAAUGUACUCAGCCUCAUCUUUAAGGUUGCAAUUAUUUUUCCCAACAUGUGGCGUUUUCAAAGAGCUAAGGAACUACUGGAUAAUCUGGAUGAAGGAUGUAUUAUAUAUGAGCAUCGUGUCGAAAUACAUCGCUGUGUUGUCCGCUGCAAUUUUGUCUUUAUGAUGUAUCAAACGGCCUACACGGUAUAUGCUACAAUGAACUUUUUGCUAUCCGCACUCACGGGAACAACACCGUGGGUAUCCUACAAUCCGUUUGUGGAUUUUCGAGAAAGUAAGAAAAGUCUCUGGAUAGCGGCCACAUACGAGUAUGUUGUAGGCUCGAGUGCCGUCUAUGCAGAUCAAAUGGCCGACGUCUAUCCGGUUAUAUUUGGCUUGAUUUUGCGAACCCAUAUAGAAUUGUUGACGCGGCGCGUCCAAAGACUACGCACAGAUCCCGCUAAAACGGAGAGGCAGAGCUAUGAGGAACUGGUUAACUGCAUUAAGGAUCACAAACUUGUGCUACAAUGUUGUGAGCUUUUUCGACCUGUCAUAUCUCGCACCCUAUUCGCCCAGUUGUUGGUAAUUGGCCUGGGUCUGGGCCUGUCGCUAAUGCAUCUAUUAUUUUUUUCAUCCCUGUUGACGGGCCUGUCCACAGGUCUAUUUAUUAUUGUCUUACUGAUUCAGACAUUUCCCUUUUGUUAUGUCUGCGAGUUAAUCAAUGACGAUUGCUACAAUUUGAACUUGGCCAUAUUUUAUUCAGAAUGGAUCGGUGCAAGUCGACGCUAUAAAUCGACGUUGUUCUUCUUCUUGCAAGCAGCUCAGAAGUCGAUUAGCUUUAUUGCCGGCGGCAUGUUUCCUAUCAACAUGAAAACCAAUAUAACGUUUGCCAAGUUUGCAUUUUCGGUUGUCGCUGUCGUCAAGCAAAUGAAUCUUGUGGAAAAAUUUAAGUUAAACUAAAAAGUUUUCGAUUCGAACUAGUUAAAAACACAACAUAAAGUAUGCAUUACUUU